UGAGGGAAUGGCUGAACAAGUCAUGGUAUAUGAACAUAAAGAAAUACUAUUGUUCAUUAGAAAUGGUGAGCACAAGAAUUUUAAGAAAAGUUGGAAGGAUUUACAUGAACUGAUGCAAAGUGAAGUGAACAGAACCAGGAGGACAUUGUAUAUGGUAUCAGCAAUAUUGUAUGAUGAACAACUGUGAAUGGUUUAGCUAUUCUCAGCAAUACAAUAAUCCAAAACAAUCCCAUAGGUAUCAUGAUUUAAAAAAUGCUAUCCAUCUCCAGAGAAACAAUUGACAUCAUCUGAAUACAGACUAAAAUCUACUAGUUUUCACUUUAUUUUUGUUUAAAUUUUCUUGCACAAAAUGACAUAUAAAAAUGUUCUCCAUGACUGCAUGUGUAUAACCUAUGUUAGGUAGCUUACUGUUUCAGGGAGAGGGGAGGGAUAGAAAGGAAGAAUCAAAUUUAGAGCCUAAAACUUAAAAAAAAAAAAUAGCAAAGCUAAAAAUUGUCUUUGCAUGUAAUUGGGAGGAAUUAAAUAUAAUUUAAAAAAAAAACAAUGUAAUCUCCUUAUUUCAAUUAGGGGAACUUCUUCAAUUUGGUCAAAUUAAUGUUAGUGUCUUGUCUUCAUUAUCUCUAAUUUAUCCUGUCUAUAUCUUGUUUACACAUGAUUGUUUGCAUGUUGUUUCCACCAUCAAAUUUUGAGUACUUUAAGAACAGGGGAUUGUCUUUUCCCUUUCUUUGUUUCCCAGAAUUUAAGCCCAUUGCAAGACAUAUAGUAGGGACUUAAUAAAUGUUUAUUGCCUAUCUGACACCCUAUAAUCUUAACAGGUAGAAUAAAGAACUCCCCAAUUUGAUAGAAAAUUGUCCUGAUCCAUUUCUUUUAGAGUUAUUCAUCUUUUAUUUUCCAAAAGGACCAAUAAUAUCAUGGGGUGGUAUCUUGACUCAUGAGUGGAUUAAAUUUAAAUGAUUCAGAGCUGCACAAAGUCAUCAACCUCACUCUCUCUUCCAGAGACAUCAAAGUCCAGUAGCAAGACAAAAGUCAGAGAACUGAAGAUGGCUUGGGAUGCAGGGGAUGACCUUACAUCUUCUGUGUCUGACCAAGCUCUUGGUACUCCACAGCACCUGCUUCAGCUGCCUUUGUGGCCAUUGGAACAAGCUGUCCUGUAAGAAGAGAGGGAAGGAAGUAAGAAUGGAGAAAAGAAAGACGCAGGGGAUUGUAUGAAGUACAACCAGAGAAGAUGAAGGGAUGGAGAGUUAGGCUUUUCUAAAUUGAGCUUGGAAAAGAGACUGCAAUGGAUUGAGGCAGGAGGGAGACAGAAACAAAGAGAGUGAAAAGAGGGAAGGAAGAAGCAGAAGAUAGGUAGAGACAGACCCAGAGUUAGAAGAAGAUGAAGAGAAAAAGGAAAGGGGGAGAGAGGGAGGGAGGAAAGAGAAAGAAAAGAAGGGAAAAACAAAGAAAGAGAGGAAAUAUGGAUGGAGAAAGAGAGAAACAAAAAGGGAGAUAGAAAGAAAGGCAGAAAGAGAAAUUGUCAGAUGGAUAGAUAACAGAGAAUGAUUCAACACAAACCAUCCCUAUGAUUGGAUAUCAUCUUCUAGUGACAUUGUACCAUCGGGUAGAAAAGAUUGUUGGCCUGAGAUCAACAGAUGCGUAUUUGAGCCCCAACACUGCAUGAAGUUUCCUUGGUUUAAUCAUCACAGCCGAGGUAUAAGUCCUCCCAAAUACCCAGACACGGAUGCUCCUCCCCCUUUGGGGGUCCACCUUCUUGAACUGGCUCCCAGCAGCAGUAGCAGGGGCAGUGGACACACUCCAGUAAAUCCAUUUCAGAGGAUGGGCUAAACCAGGUAGAGGGUAAUUGACCCCUCAAAAUCUUCAGGAAUGAGGGAGAUAUCUGCCCCAAGCAAGUGAAGAAUUCCCCUGAGGGAAUGAUUGGGUCAGAACAAUUAGUUGCCAUUGAAGGGGGGACUGUGGUACCAGUUACUUAGAAUUUGGUCAGACAUGGUAGAUGCCAUGUCACUACAUCCUGGACCAUCACCUAAUGGUCCUUGACUUUUGAUCAGUCCUGAACUUUGAUGACUCUGGAAGAGAGUGAGACAGAUGACUUGGUGCACUCUCCCUCAUUUAAAUCCAAUCCACCCAUGAGUCAAGACACCGCCCCAUGAUGUCAUUGGGUCUUUGGGAAAAUGAAGGAUCAACAAUAAUCACAGCAACAAUCCAUAUAUUCCAAUAAGCCAAUAUUCCUUUCCUUACCCACCUCCCAGAGGAACUGUGAGCAAAGCAAUGUGACUGGAGCUAAUUUUCAGCACUAGGUAUUUUUUCCUUCUUUCUCUCUUCCAGAAACAUUUCCUUUCACUUCUUGCCAUUAGCAAUCUAAUAAACACUAUCAAGUCAGCCAUUGUCACUGGGAUCUGAUUCAGUCUUUUCUGUCUAGUCAUUGGUUGCCCAGACUUUGCCAUGUAUUACUUGCUUUCAUCUUAGAUCUUAGAUCAUUGAGUCAUCUCCUUUUCUGGUAAAUUCCUGAUCAAUGUUCACUGACUUCACUCUGCCUUCCUAUUGGCUGGGAGGAACAAAGUCAUCAUUCACAUUUCUCCAACAUUUUUAGAUUUCCAAAAAGCUUUCUUCACAACCAUCAGUGGAGUCAAGUGUUGUUAUUCACAUACAAUAAAUAAGGAAACGGACUCAGAGAUAUGGGGAGAUAUAAUGGAAAGGCAAUUGGAUUUAGAAUUAAAAGAUCCAGGUUUGCAUCUUUCUCCUUUAUGUCUGCAGCUCUAAAAUCUUAAAUAAUAUCUAAUAAUAGCAUUUACAUAAUACUUUAAAAUUUGCAAAGUGUUUUACAAAUAUUUUCUCAUUUUAUCCUCACAACUCUGGGAGCUUCCAGCUAUCAUUAUCUCCAUUUUAUAGAUUAAAAAAGCAAGACAGACAAAAGCUAACUAAUAUACCUAAUUUUUAAGGUAGGAUCGGAACUCAGGUCUUCCUGAUUUGAAGUUUAGUGCUAUAGCAGUUGUGCCACAUGAAGGUCAUUACUUGCUCUUUCUCUCUCUGUCUGUCUUGUCUCUGUCUCUGUCUGUGUUUGUCUCCAUCUCUCUCUGUCUCUGUCCAUCUCAGUCAAAAAUGUUUCUCUGUAUCUCUCUGUUUUUUUCUGCCUGUCUCUCACUCUGCCUCUGUUUCUCUGUGUGUAUAUGUGCUUCUUUGUCUCUGUGUCUGUCUUUCUAUCUUUCUCUGUCUCUGUUUCUAUGUCUGUCUCUUUGGCUCUGUAUCUGUCUUUCUGUUUCCCUCUAUCUAUCUAUCUUUUUGUGUAUUCGUCUGUCUGUGUCCCUGUCUAUUUGUCUGUCUGUCUCUCCUGGAGUCAGCCAAGAAGAUUUGUCCUUCCAAACUUGGCCAGAACAUCUGGAACAAACUCCUGCCCUCUUGCUAGGCUGGGAAGUGAAGUUUCAACAAUCCUCCUUCCAAUUAUGAGUUUUCUUUUGGGGCAUUUGGGUGGGGCAGAGGAUAGAGCACCUGACUGGGAGUCUGGAGGAUCUGAAUUCAAAUUUGACUUCAGACAUUAAAAAACUGUGAUCCUGAGCAAAACUGCCUCCCCACCAAGAAAAAAAAAAGUUUCCUUUCACAUCAGCAGGGCUUGAAAAAUGCCCCAGGUUUAUCUGGGGGAGGGGAUAGAGGGAGGAAGGGAUAAAGUCGGAACAGAAGUGAGUGCAAGGGAUAAUGUUGUAAAGAAAUUUUUUUCAAAAGAAAAAAAAGAAAAUACUCUCAAAUUACAAAGUUACAUUAGCGGUGUGUGAACUAGCAAACUGAAACAUAAGUUUUCACUCUGAAGAUUUACCCUAAUUUUUGUGGCUAUACUAUAACAUAAAGAAAAAUUGUAUUGAAAAAAAAUGCCCCGGGCUUGAUUGGAAAUUCAGAUUACAGCCUCCAUUCUCAAUUCUCUCACAUUCCAUGACUGUUAUCUUACAUAGCUCUAUCUUCCCUGAUUACCAAUCUCUUCCACCUGCCCCCUGUCCUCCAAUCACCUGCCAUUGUUCUUCCAUCACAAGCUCUUUCUCUUUUUUCCUCCCCUCCUUCUCCCUCCUUUCUUCUAUUUCUUUUCCAAUUAACCUUUACUAUCCUAGACAAGUGGUUUGGAGGGUGGAUGGGGAGGCAAGCACAGAACCCAAGGGUGCAAUGUGUGAUGUCCUUUCUUAAUAUCCCUCCUGCUCUCCAUUCCCUGCAAAACAGUGAAUCUGGUCCUCUGAUAUUAUUACUGAAGUCAUUGGGUCAUUUCACUGCUGUUCCCCAUAUCUCCCUAUCUCUGCUUCUUCCUUUAUUUGGCUUUCAUCAAGACUUUGGAUAGAAAAUGCCAUCUGCAUCCAGAAAGAAAACUAUGGAGACAGAAUGUAUUUUUUUUUCAUCUGUUUUUUUUUCUUUUGUAGUUUUUCCCAUUUGUUCUGAUUUUUCUCUCUCAAAAUGAUUCAUAAGGAAAUAUAUAAAAAAUCAAUUUUUAUAUCUAUAACCAAAAAAAGUUGGGUUUUUUUCAAGUAACUAGGGAAAAUAUUUUUUUAAUAAAUGCUUUGAUAAAUGUGGAAAUAUGUUUAGAAGAAUAGCACAUGUUUAACCUAUAUUGGAUUAUUUACUGCAUAGGAAAGGGAUGUGGAGGGAAGGGAGAGGAAAAAAUUUGGAACAUAAGGUUUUGCAAAGGUAGGUACUGAAAACUACCUUUGCAUGUAUUUUGAAAAUAAAAUGCUAUUAUUUAAAAAAUAAACAAAUAAAUCCUUUGAUUAUAUUAUGCUAAAAAGGUUUUAUACAAACAAAACUAAUGCAGCCAAGAUUAAAAGGAUAAAAUAAACUGGGAAAACAUUUUUACAUUCAAAGUUCUGAUACAGGCCUCACUUCUAAAAUAUAGAGAGAAUUGAUUCAAAUUAAUAAGAAUUCAAACCAUUCUCCAAUUGAUAAAUGGUCAAAGGAUAUGAAAAAACAAUUUUCAGAUGAAGAAAUUGAAAGCAUUUCUAGUCAUAUGAAAAGGUUUUCUAAAUCACUAUUGGUCAGAGAAAUGCAAAUUAAGACAACUCUGAGGUACCAUUACACACUUUUCAGAUUGGCUACAAUGACAGGAAAAGAUAAUGACGAAUGUUGGAAGGCAUGGGAAAACUGGGACACCAAUGCAUUAUUGGUGGAAUUGUGAUCUGAUCAACCAUUCUGCAGAGCAAUUUGGAAGUAUGAGCACAGGGCUAUUAAUGUGCAUACCUUUUGAUCCAGCAAUGUUUCUGCUGAGUUUAUAUCUCAAAUAGGUCUUAAAGGAGGGAAAGGAACCCAUAUGUGUAAAAAUGUUUGUGGCAGCCCUCUUUGUAGUGGCAAGAAACUGGAAACUGAGUGGAUGCCCAUCAAUUGGAGAAUGGCUGAAUAAAUUGUGGUAUAUGAAUGUUACGUAAUAUUAUUAUUCUGGAAGAAAUGAUCUGCAGGAUGAUUUCAGAGAGGCCUGGAAAGACUUAUGAACUGAUGCUGAGUGAAAUGGGCAGAACCAGGAGAUCAUUAUACAUGGCAACCACAAAACUAUACAACGAUCAAUUCUGAUGGAUGUGGCUCUCUUCAACAAAGAGAGAAUUCAGGCCAGUUUCAAUGAUCUUGUGAUGAAGAGAGCCAUCUACACCCAGAGAGAGGACUGUGGGAACUGAGUGUGGACCACAACUUGGUAUUUUCAUUCUUUUUGUUGAAUUUUUAUUUUCUUUCUCAUUUUUCCCUUUUUGACCUGAUUUUUCUUGUGCAACAAGAUAAUUGUAUAAAUAUAUAUGCCUAUAUUGGAUUUAGCAUAUUUUUUUUUACCACAUUUAACACAUAUUGGAUUACUUGCCAUCCAGGGGAGAGGGUGGAGGAAAGGGGGAAAACUGAAACACAAGGUUUUCCAAGGGUCAAUGUUGAAAAAUUAUCCUUGCAUAUGUUUUGAAAAUAAAAAACUUCAAUAAAAAUGCUCGGUGAUUUGACUUAUAAUUUAUUAGUUUUGUAUGAAACCCCAAAGAUGAUUUUGUACUUCUUCUCUUUCCCUGCCCCCAUUUUCCAGAUAAGAAAACUAGGACUACAUAAAGGAAGCAAAUUCCCUAAGAUCACCCAGAUAAUAGUAACUGCCAGAAUUGAUGUCCUCUGUAUUAUAUAAUGUGUAUGAAAAUUGGAAGAAUAAGAGGAAAUUGGGUUAUGAAAGCUUUAAAUUCCAAAUAGAGAAUUUUCUAUUUGAUUCUGGAAGUGAUAGGAAGCUUCUGGAGUUUACUGAAUGAGGGAGAUGGGGAUGACAUGAUAAACUUUGCUCUUUAGGAAAAUCACUUUGAUAAUUUACUCUCUCUACUAUACUUCUUAAGCAAUAUUUAUUGAAUAAUAAUAAUAUUUAUAUAGUACUUAGUAUGUGCCAGGCACAUAACUGCUAAGUGUUUUACAAUUUUCAUCUGGUUUGAGUCUCACAACAAACUUGGGAAGUAGGUGCUAUUAUUAUCCCCCUAUUACAUUUGAAGGAACUGAGGCACAAAGAAUUCAAUUGACUUUCCUAUCAAAUGGCAAUCCCAAUGUCACUGUGUCUAAAACUGGACUUGAACUCAAGUUUUCCUGACUCGAAGUUCUGUUUAUCCACUGUGUCACCUAGCUACCUGUUGAAUGAAUCCCUCGUGUCUCAUCGUGGAAAGACUUCUAGACUAAAUAAUAGUCAGAAGACUUGGGUGCAGGUCCUUAUUCUGCAAAAUUUAGCAGCCUUGGGCCAAAGACGACCUCGUUUCCAGUUCUUCACUUUCUAAUAUAUAAAGCAGAGAUCUAGUGAGAUGUUUUCUAAUGAUAUAUAUAAUAUGUAUUUAUAUUUUAUUGCAAAGCAAAUGGGGUUAAGUGACUUGCCCAGGAUCACACAAUUAGUAACUGUCUGAGGUCAGAUUUGAACUCAUGAAUCUGAGUCUUUUUGAUUCCAAACCUGGUGAUCUAUCCACGAUGGUGCUCCCUAAGUGCCCUUUCUUUUUUUUUUUUUUAAUUUUAUAAUAACCUUUUAUUGACAGAACCCAUGCCAGGAUAAUUUUUUACAACAUUACCCCUUGCACUCACUUCUGUUCCGAUUUUUCCCCUCCCUCCCUCCACCCUCUCCCCAGAUGACAAGCAGUCCUAUAUAUGUUAAAUAGGUUACAGUAUAUCCUAGAUACAAUAUAUGUUUGCAGAACCGAACAGUUCUCUUGUUGCACAGGGAGAAUUGGAUUCAGAAGGUAGAAAUAACCCAGGAAGAAAAACAAAAAUGCAAGCAGUUUAUAUUCAUUUCCCAGUGUUCUUUCUUUGGGUGUAGCUGCUUCUGUUCAUCCUUGAUCAAUUGAAACUGAAUUAGCUCUCUUUAUCGAAGAGAUCCACUUCCAUCAGAAUAUAUCCUCAAACAGUAUCAUUGUUGAAGUGUAUAAUGAUCUCCUGGUUCUGCUCAUUUCACUUAGCAUCAGUUCAUGUAAGUCUCGCCAGCCUCUCUGUAUUCAUCCUGCUGGUCAUUUCUUACAGAACAAUAAUAUUCCAUAACAUUCAUAUACCACAAUUUACCCAGCCAUUCUCCAAUUGAUGGGCAUCCUUUCAUUUUCCAGUUUCUAGCCACUACAAACAGGGCUGCCACAAACAUUUUGCCUAAGUGUCCUUUCUAAACUAUCUGACUUCAUACCAGAAAGAAAGAACAGAGUUCAGAGAGCACUGGGCUUUCAAUAGGGAAAACAUGCACUAAGUACAUCACUUUUUGGCUUCAGCUAAUCUUGAGCAAAUUAUCACAGGCCAGGGGCUCAGAAACUUUGAUUCAGGGAUCAAGAGCAGAAGUUAUACAUUUACCAGGCAGGUAGGUUAGUGUUGGUCUUUUAAAUCACCUCUUUGGAAUUUAGGACAUAUUUUCCCAAAGAAAAAUUUGGGCUAACCUGAUUCAAUUCCCAGGCUAGCUCACAAAAUCUUUCUUCAGUCAUUUUUUACUUGUUACCCCUUUCAAGAUUUUCUUGGCAGAGGUACCGGAGUAAAUGUCCAUUUCCUUCUCCAGUUCAUUGGACAGAUGAGGAAACUGAGGCAAACGGGACGGGGGGGGGGGGGAGGAGAAAGGGAGGGGGACGGUGUGACUUGCACUAAGCAGAGCUACUAAGGAUUUGAACUCAGGAAGAUGAGCUUUCCUCUCCAUCCAUGUGCUGCAGACCACACCUGAACACAUUACAUGAUGGGAAAGUGAUCAUUCAACUAUGAGGUUCCAGGUAUAGCUAGAGUCAGGUUUAUAUCACUUUAAGGUUCACCCAGAAUUCUCUUCAUGGAAGCCCUCUGAAGUAGGAUGGCUUUCAGUGCAUCGAUGAAUCUGGAUCUUUUCUCUUUGGCCCUUCCUUCCCAUCAGGUCCACCCCUGAGUCAUGGGGAAAAGACCUAAACAUGUCACAAAGAGGUAGGAAGUGUCCUCGUGUUGCAGGUGGGAAAACUGAGGCUCAGAAAAGUGAAGGGAACUAGCCCCACAUCACACAGCCGGUAAGCAGCGCAGCGGCAGAUUCAGGUCCUUUGCUCUGGGUCCUAAUCCUUUUCCCCUAUACCCUGAGGCUCACUGGGUCCUAUCUCUGGGAUGGCUCAGCAGGUAUUUAUCAAGGAAGCUGACUGCUCCCUAUUGAGACAUUGGGUUGUCAAUUUUUAACUUUUUUCAUUUUAAUUCUGAUAGGCUUGUCCACCUCCUCUAGAGUUGGGGUGCCCUUGCAGAGUCUUAUCUGCCUAAAGAAAGGAGGUGUUAAUUAGAAAGUGUCUUUGCCACAUAGAUAUAAAACCCUCACCAAGGAGCUCCUUCUAACUAUUCUUUCUAAGACAACAAAAAGGGACUUUAGAGGUCAUUUAGCCUAAUCCUCUCAUUUUAUACCUGAGGGACUCAGAAAGGGAACCAUUUCUCCCCAUCCGGCUCUGCUGGUCAAAACUGGAGUAACAAUGAAUUCUGAGAACUCCUGGUACUUGAGUUCUCUGGAGUUCUCUGGAAUAUUUCCAGGGGUUAGUCAAUCUAUAAGGGCCUACUUAUAUCUACUCACAUAUAUCACACACACAUAUAUAAAUAUGUAUAUAUACACACAUAUACUUAUUUAUAGGUAUAUAAUUGCAUACUCAUGUAUAAGUGAACUUAUAUAUAUAAGUACUUAUUAUAUUAAGCAUAUAAUUAUAUGUGCUUAAUUAUUAAGCAUUUACCAGGUGCGACAUGCUGAAUAUGCAAAGGUUUAAAAAAAAAUACUCCCUAUUCUCAGGGAGUUCACAGUUUAAUGAGGAAGACAGCAUGCAAACCACUCAAACAAGCUCUAUUCAAAAUAAAUUAGAAGGAAUCAAUAGAGGAGAGAUAUCAGAAUUAAAGGGAUUAGAAAAGGUUUCCUAUGGAAGGUGUGAUUUUAGGUGGGACUGGAAGGAAAGUCAGGGGUGUUCCAGGAAUGGGGGGAAAAGCUGGAGCAGAGAGCUAGAAUGUUCUGUUCAGGAACCAGCUUCGAGGCCCUUGCCAUGAAUCCAAGAAUACCUGGAAAGGUAGGAGACAGCGGGGCUGUUAUGAAGGUUUCUUAAUUCCAAGCAGAAGAUUUUCUACCUGAUCCUGGAGAUUACAGGGAGCCACUUGGAGCUUAUUGAAAAAAGGAUCAACUUAUGCUUUAAGAAGAUCAUUUUGACCACUAAGUCAAAGGAUAUCCACUAAGGAGAGGAUAGAUUGGAGUAGGGAGAGACUUGAGCAGGCAGAGCCCAGCAGGUAAUGCAGUGGUCCUGGUAUGAGGUAAUGAGGGCCUGCUUGCCACCAGGGUGGUAAGUGUCAGAGGAAAGAAGGUCACCAUAAAAAAUGCUAUAAAAAUAAUAUUGACCAAAAUUUUUUUAAAAAAUAAUAAAAAUAUUGACAUGACUUACCAAUAAAUGUAAUGGUGGGGGAGGGGAAGGGAAGAGUAAGGAAUCUAGAAUGUAACUUUCACAGAAAUAGGGAACUUAGAAAGGAAGGAGAAUUGGGCAGCCCUGAAGUCAGGAGGAACCUAAGUUCAAAUGAAAUAAUCCGUAAAGAAUCUAGCUGUGUGAUCCUGGGCAAGUCACUUGACCCCAAUUGCCUCAGCAAAAAAAAAAAAAAAAAAUUGCUUCCUAUCUUAAGGGGGGGGGGGGCGGGGAGGAGGGGAAGGGAGAAAAAUUGGAACUCAAAAUUUCAUAUAAAAAAUAAAUAUGUUGGGGCAGCUAGGGGGCGCAGUGGAUAGAGCACCAGCCCUGAAGUCAGGAGGACCUGAGUUCAAAUGUGACCUCAAACACUUAACACUUCCUAGCUGUGUGACCCUGGGCAAGUCACUUAACCCCAAUUGCCUCAACCAAUAUAUAUGUUUAACCUAUAUCAGAUUGUUUGCUGUCUUGGGGAGGGAGAGUGAGAAAAUCUUGGUACAUAAGGUUUUGCAAAGUUGAAUGUUGAAAACUAUUUUUGUAUGUAUUUGAAAAAAUAAAAUAUUUUAAAAUAAAUGUUAGAAACUGUCUUUAUAUGAAGUUGGAAAAAAUAAAAUAUCAUCUUUUGGGGAAAUAGCCAUUAUUUAUAUAGUACUUGAAAUUUUGCACAAUAUUUUUAAAAAGAAUAGCUUUUUAUUUUCAAAAUACUUGCAAUGAUAGUUUUCAACAUUCAUUCUUGCAAAAUCUUGUGUUCCAAUUUUUUUUUCCUUCCUUUCCCCUACCCUCUCCCCUAGACAGCAAGUAAUCCAGUAUAGGUUAAACAUGCUUUACACAAUAUUUUACAAACAGUAUAUCAUUUCCUCCUUACAACAGCCGUGGGAAAUAGGAGUCACUACUAUCAGGAAGCCCUGGCUUCAAAUCCCCCCAUUCAAAUUUUGUUUAGUAGUUUCAGUUAUAUGACCUUCUUUGUGAUCCUGUUUGGGAUUUACUGGAAUGGUCUGCCAUUUCCUUCUCCAGCUCAUUUUACAGAUGAGGAAACUGAGGAAAGAGGCUUAAGUGACUUGACCAGGGUCACACAGCUAGUAAGUGUCUGAGGCAGGAUUUGAACUCGGAGAGUUUGAGCGGUCUACCCAUUAGGCCAUCUAGUUGUCUCCUCCUUCAGCUAUCUCUCAGCCUCAGUUUCCUCACUUGAAAAAUGAUCAUAACAUCUGUAAUAUGUCUCAGAGUCGUGAGGUUCAAAUGAAAUAAUCCGUAAAGAAGCUUGCAAACAUUAAAAAUGCUCUGUAAAUAAUAUUUACUAUUAUUCUCCUCUUCAGAAGGUCCUGAGAGGAUCAGAGGUGUGGUACUAAAAGGGACUUUAGAGAGCAUUUAGCUUAAUCCUCUCGUUUUACUCGUGAGGGACUCAUAAAGGGAACCAGUCCCCCACUCUGCUGGUGAAAACUGGAGCAACAAUGAAUUCGGAGAGCUCCUGGUCCCCUGUCACGGAUGCCCUCUGACGCCCUCAGUCCCCAAAGCCUCCAGCUAAGGAUUAAUUCUCCCAGGAAGGAGAACUCCCCCCCCCCAAUUCCCCCCACCCGAGUAAUCCCCUGCAUACAGAUAUGAUGGAGACCUGGGCCCCGUCGAGCAUGACAAAGUCUCCCAGUUCUGGGUUACUGAUUAAUGAUGAAUUAAAACAACAACAACAACGUACGACCGUAAGCUGGUAGCAGUAACCGCACCGCAAGGUUGGAAGCAAAAGACUCAGACACGUGAUAAGGAAAAAGCAGCCGAUAAAAAGCCCUGCCCAACUUUAUCCAAGGGCUACGAAGCCAAGUAGCUGCAGUCGGCGCCGUAUCGGGAAUGGAGGAGCUCCAAGGCAGACUUUUGGAGGGAGCAGGGACCGGCUUCCGGGACCCGGCGGCAUCCCCAGAAGUCUGUGCCCAAGCCCCGGAGCAGACGGCGACGUCCCAAGCUAAAGUCCUGGGCGCGUACCCGGUGGAAGUGGAGGAGAUGAAAUCCCUACACUCCGCUGUUGGAGAUCCGCAGGAGCCGAGAUCCCCCCACUCCGUUGUUGGAGAUCCGAAGGAGCAGGGAUUCCCCCACUCCGCUGUUGGAGACCCGCAGGAGCCGAGAUCCCCCCACUCCGCUGUUGGAGACCCGCAGGAGCCGAGAUCCCCCCCCUCCGCUGAGGGAGACCUGGAGUGUCUGAUCUGCUGUCACCGCUACCGCUGUGAGCGGCCGCCCAAAGUGCUGACCUGCCAGCACACCUUCUGCGCCGUGUGCCUGAAGCUCCUCCUGACCGUCCGCGAGGACUCGUGGAGCGUCGUCUGCCCCCUGUGCCGCGCGGCUACCUCCGUGCCGGGUGGGCUGAUCUGCAACCUCCGGGACCAGGUGGAGAUCUUGGAGAGGCUGACGAGGCUCGGCCCGGAAGUCCAGCUCUCUCCCCGAUACCUGGCCCGGCCCGCGGCAGGAGAGGUGCCCGGCGUGGGGGGCGAGGCUGGCGAGGACUCUGAGAGUAUCAACCGGGUGGCGGCCCGGAGGCUGGCCGUCCACCUGCUGCUGCUGGGGCUUCUCAUCUUCCUCAUCCUCCCUUUCGUCUACCCCAGCAUUUUCGGCUGGCUCCUGGUCUCCUUCAUGUGUACGGCGCUAUUGCUCUCCUCAGUGUUCUGCUGCCUCCCGGGCGGCGGCGACUGCUGUAGCCCUGCCAAACCCCUCCUCCCGGGGCAGCAGAAACACAGCCAUGUGGCUUCCAUUGCCUGACGGCUCCCAAGGCUCCUUCCAGCCAGAGACUUCUGUGUUUCCCAAGGAAUAAGAAGCAGUGGAGGUCUCCUCCGAGACAAUGGAGUCCCCGUUUGCCUCCCGCCGGAAGCAAAUGCUCCUCUGCCUUAUUGGAUCCAAACACUGGAAGGGUGUCUGGUUCCGUGGGUGUGUGUUUGGACCCAACAGCUUUUGUUUACCCACACCGGCUGACUGCCAGUCCCCGACCUUCUCGAUGGAGAUGGGAACCAAUGGAUGAUGGGAAGAGGACCCCAGGGGUAUUGCUGUAUUUAUUUUUUUUACCUUGAACUGGAACAAUGAUAACUAGAUGGGUUUCUCACUCCAUAUCUAUAAAAUGAUGAUUCAUUAUAAAAUGAAGGGUCCCUUCCAAUGAUAACCAUCUGUGUUUUAACACUUCUAGUCUAAUGUUCCAUGUUCUAAAACCCUUCCCAGAUUUCACAUUCUAUGUGCUAAGGUCCUUCCCACACCAGCUGUCCACCAGUCCCUGAUCUCCUUGAUAGAAAUGGGAACCAAGGGACGAUGGGAAGAGGACCCUAUAUUUAUUUUUUAACCUUGAACUGGAACAAUGAUAACUGGGUGAGUUUUUCAUUCUAUAUUUAUAAAAUGAAAGGGUUGGACUUCCACCAAUUCUGACAAACUUUGUUCUGAUAGUCCUUAUUCUAAGGUCCUUUCCAAUGAUAACAAUCUGUGUUUUAAGACUUCUAGUCUAAUGUUCCGUGUUCUAAGACCCUUCCCAUCUCUUAUGUUCUAUGUUCUAAGGUCCUUCCCAGCUCACUCUUAGACAUUCUAUCCUAAGAGCUCUGGAGGUCUACACUCUGAGGGUCCUUAGAGUUCUGACAUUCUAUGAAUCUAUAGUUCUGUGAGUCCCAUCAAGAGAAGAACUAAUUCAUGUGUUUCCUGGUAUUUGGAUCCCCAUUUAAGCUUUGUCAUAAAGAUAAGAAAAACCAUAAAAACAACGGUACUUACUGCCAACCUCGCCCCUUUCCAAAGAUGGUUUAUCUGGAAAGUUUAUGUUUAAUGUUUCAUCUUGGGUGAAGGCCAUGGUCAGACGAAGGUCCUUAGACCCCUCUGUUGCACAAGCCUUUUGGUUGAUGCCUUUUUUGUGAGUUGAUUGAUUUCUCUGAGUAGAUAGAUGGUCAAAAUUAUCUUAUGUGUCUAUAUUUAUUCAAGAAAAGACCUUUGUAGCCAUUUUUUUUUAGCAAAUAUCCUCCUCAAAAAAAAAAAAAAAAAAAACCACCCAAACCCCCCCCCCCCUCCUCCCAAAACUUUAGAUGUCCAAAUAUGCCCUCAGUACAAUGGGUUUGCUGGACAUGUUGGAUAAUGGGGCUCUCCAGAAUGUUUGAUGAACUUUUUUUUUUCUUAUCAUCUCCAAGUCAGAGCAGCUCAUGAAGGGUAAGGAUGUGUUGGAAAAUUCUCAGCCAACUUAACAGUGUCUUUUAGGUCUUUGAUGUUUUGGGUCUCUGGGGAACAUGGGGAAUGGGGAAAAUAAGAUUUUUGACAUUUAACCAUUGAUUCCUCUUGGGAAUAAAUGAAAGGCAGUUACUGGGGCUAGAUGAGUCUCCUACCUGUUCUCAAGAUAACUCUUUAUUCCUGUUAAAAUGAGAGACUUGAACCAGAGGAAUCAAAAAGGUUUUUUCCAGUUUUAACAUCCUCUAUUUUAAGGACCUUCCCAGUUCUAACCUGUUUUUUAAGGUCUCUUCCAGCUCUGACAUUCUCUGUUCUAAGGGCCCUCCCAGCUCUAACAUCCUGUGCUCUGUGCUUCUAUGAUUUCCAGCCAGAACACAACCAAGUCUUCUAGGAAAACUCAAGAUUUAGAGAAACAGAAUGGUGACUUCAGACCUGCACACAGUUGAUUGUACUAUACCUGGACCAAAUCUAUAAAGUUGAAGUUCCAUGUGCCUUGAUGAUUACCAUCCUUUAUGUUAUCAGUUGAUAUUUGUAGACUAAGGUCCCGUGGGGGCUCAGCACUGUGCUAGGCCAGUGGGUGCUGUGGGUUCUCCUCCAGAGCAUCUUGGGGGAGAACUAAAAAUGUGCCUCACUCAAAAAAAAAAAAAAAAAAAGAACAAAUCAAUUUUCUCAGAAUGCUGAGGAUGUGGUAUGUGUUAAAAAAAAUUUUUUUUCACUGUGAUGUCCUUAAAAAUUAUAUAUUAUGUACAUAAUUUUAUAUAUGGAAACAUAUUUAUAUAAAAUAUAUUCUCCGUGUGUGUGUGUGUGGAUGUAUUUCCAAUUAUCUUUUCCAGCUCUUUAGUCAGAGCACUUGUGCUUUGGACUUUCACUUUGGAUGCUCACCAUUGGCAAUGCCUUGGAAGAAAAGAAAGCAGAAGAAAAAAAAGACUUGUAGGGAGGAAAAGGUAUUAGCCCCUGGCCCCAGCAGCUGGGCUUGAGGUCCUGCUCUGCCACAAACUCACCGUUGGAGCUUUGGCAGGUCACUUCCUUCUCUGAUUGCUUCAUCUGUAAAAAUUGCUGGGGGUUUGAAGGGAGGGAGGAAAGUGAGAUUAGACUCAUUAGAUAAAUAAUCUCUAGGGCCUUUUACUGUACUGAGCCUAAAGUUAGGAGGAUUAUCUCAAAUAUUUACUAGUUAUGUGACAAGGCAAGCCACUUGACCUCUGUUUGCCUCAAUUUCUUCAUCUGUAAAAUGGGAAGCAUAAUAAUACCUACCUCACAGGGUUGAUAAUGAGAUAAUUUUUUUUCCAAAUGGUUAUUUUUAUCAGAUUUUGUUUGAACAUUAAAUUUAUCCUCAUUUUGCAAUCCAAAAUAGUUACCUGAAGUUUGUUAUGGGUUUUUUUCUUAUGUUUAUAUUUUUAUUUUUUUUUAUUCUUUGGCACAAUUUUUUGGGGCGUUCAGACUGUCACAGUACAAGUCAGGAGAGAGCUUUCCCUUUGUGCUGCCAAUUCCGAGCAUUUAAAUUUUGGUUUGGGUUAUGGGUUGUCUUUAAAGUCUGUUUUUGACAAUCUCAUUUUUUCCCAUAUCCUCUAAACCAGAGUUGUCUUUUCCCCUUCCCUCCCCCCACUUCCUCCCUUCCACAUUCACAGUUGAACCAUAUUAGGAAAGGCGCCUAGAGAUCAUGAAAAGCGGCACUUGGGAUGGAAACUGAACAUGUCAGUGCUUUUCCCUAAAAAUUAAAAAUAAAGACCCUAAAGAGCGA